AUGAAACGAGCGAUUGGUAUAUUUCGCGACUCAUGUAAGCCUCGCAAAAAGGGUGUGGAGAGUCGGCAAUCGACGUCUACGUCGACGUCGACAGGCCAUUGUACCGACGACGACCGACCGUCCACCACCCACCCUCCCCAGUCGAUAAGCAACUCGAAAGCGGAGAGAUGGCUCGCUCGAGUUACACUGAUGCUCAGCGUGACCAAGAGCGUCGCUGAUGCUGCCGGGUUCGCGCCGCUCAAAGGAGCCUGCGAAGCCGUGGGGACGCUCUUGGAAACUAUCCAGGCCGUUUCAGAUAAUCAUUCGGCAUGGUAUGAGCUCUUGCGGACCGUUCAAGAGCACGCGACCACAUUUCAACGGCACCUGGACCAACUAGGCAUCAACGACGUCCUCGAAGAGCAUGGAAACUCGAUAAAGGAGUCGAUUAAGCAGUAUUCCACCGUUCUCCACGAGUUGAUUGCCAGCAUAUGCGUCGAUUCAGGUCUCGAAGAGUCGCAAACUGAACAAGACCUUACGCUCAAGCAACUGGCUCAGCGUAUAGGUACAACAAAGCUAGAGGCUGGUCUCAUCAUCGACUAUGAGAAACGCCUGAAGAACGCAGAAUGGCGUAUUAUGUGUUCGCUCAUUGUCUAUGUCAAUACCUCGGUGAACGCAUCGGCGGACGCGGAUAUAUUGAAGAAGCUUCAAGUCAGGGAGUACACGCGUCCACGAGAAUGUCAAGUAGGGACACGUGUGGAAAUUUUGGAGCAAUGUCAAACCUGGGUCCAAGACCCCAAGGCGCCAAACAUUCUGUGGAUCAAAGCGGCGCCGGGGCAGGCAAGUCGGCCAUUGCAUCAAGCCUACGCCAUCACAACAACAAAGGCGCUACUGCAGAGCGUGGCCUAUGAUCUCGCUCGCCAUCCCACCAUCCGCAAACACCUCGCCAGGAUGCUAAAAGGGGAUGAAAUUGAUUUGGCGACGCCAAAUAUUGAUGAGCUAUUUCAUCAAUUGGUCGCGGAGCCACUAUUGAAGAUUGGCAAUCUUCCCAACGACCAGACACCCGUGGUCAUUAUCGAUGCAUUGGACGAAUGCGGUGGUCUAGAAGGCGCAUAUUCUGCAGAACGUCAGCAGCUAAUGCGAACUCUCGUCCUAUGGUCCAAGCUUUCCAAUUGCAAGUUGGUCGUCACCAGUCGCGAAGAGGACGACAUAUUGAGGACUUUCACUUGCAACCCUCCAUUCACUAUCGAUGUCCUCAUCGGAGAUAAGACGGCGAGUCAAUCCAAGCAAGAUAUUCAAGCCUUCUUGGGGGAAGAACUGCAAAAAAUUGUUGCUGGUCACUCGACACUGCCUGUCAAAUGGCCUGGAGCAGCAAUCAUCGAACUAUUGGCUGCCAAAGCUAAUGGUUUAUUCAUCUGGGCGUCUACCGUGGUGGAAUAUCUUUGCCGUGGUAGCCCAAAGCAGCGCUUGGAGCAUAUCGUUCAUGGAGGGGGCGGCGCCACCCUGAACGAGCUAUAUACUACUGUGCUUCAUGCUUCUUUCCUGGAUUCAGAUGGUUUACGGCAGAAGAUGCGCACAAUCAUCGCGGUAAUCAUUGUCUCGAAAGAGACUCUGGGUCUGCAAACACUAGCAGACCUCCUUGAAAUGGAUGACUGCACAGUCAAGCACAUAUGCAAUGCACUGCGGCCCGUGCUGGAGGUUGAUGGAAGACUUUGCUUUCGACAUCAAUCUUUUGUGGAUUACCUUUUGGAUCCACAUACUGCAUCUUUGUCACCUUCCCUCACGACAGGUGACUGCGACCGGAUUCUUGCCCGGCAAUGCCUACACGUGAUGAAAAAGAAGCUUCGGUUCAAUAUUUGCGAGGUUUCAUCCUCCUAUUUACUCAACAAAGAAGUCCUGGAAUCAAUUUCGUGCCUUGAGGCCUACAUUCCGGCACAUCUGCAAUAUGCAUCACGCUACUGGGCAGAUCAUUUGCAUAACUCGCCGGCGAAUGAGGAGAUGGUGGCCCUUGUCCGACGUUUCCUCAAAGUUCAGUUCCUCUCCUGGCUUGAAGUUGCUAGCUUCGGGGGCUUUGUGGAUGAAGUGCCGUCGAUCCUGUCUAUAUUAAACAUCUGGCUAAAGGCAAAUGGCAAUGAUGGCCUGGCACCACUUGUAACGGACAUGCGGCAAUUCACUAUGGACUUCAAGAAGGUCAUAAAAGAGAGCGCAUGUCACAUCUACAUAUCUGCAUUGCCACUAUCCCCCCAAUCUUCAGCAGUCAAGAUGCAGUAUGAACGUCGAUAUCCAAACACGCUACGGGUGACUGCUGGCGGCUACCGAAGCUGGUCUCCAGUCAUUAAGACAAUCUGCGGGCAUAUUGGUGCCGUUAAAAGCGUAGCAUUUUCCCCGGAUGGUCUCCGAAUUGUUUCUGGAUCAAAUGACAAGACGGUACGACUUUGGGAUGCAGACACAGGUAGACAUGUGGGGCAGCCGCUCGAAGGCCACACUAGUGCUGUCUGCUCAGUCGCAUUCUCUCCAAAUGGCCAACGAAUCGUUUCUGCUUCUCAAGAUCAGACCAUUCGAUUGUGGGAUGUUGACACGGGUGGACAAAUAGGACUGCCGUUUGAAGGACAUACCAAAUCCGUCAACUCAGUCGCUUUCUCACCAGAUAGCCGUCGAAUUGUUUCGGGUUCACAUGACAACACGGUGCGCCUGUGGGAUGUGGACACAGGUAAACAAAUAGGGCAUCCACUCAAAGGACACACUGGCUCAGUUUGUUCAGUCGCGUUCUCACCAAAUGGCUCGCUAAUCGCUUCUGGUUCCCAUGACAAGACGAUACGGUUGUGGAAUGCGGAGACAGGCGAACCAAUACGGUCACCCUUCGAAGGACACGUUGAAUCGGUCAACUCAGUCAUGUUUUCGCCAGACGGCCUCCGAAUUAUUUCUGGUUCGGACGACAGAACAGUACAGCUGUGGAACGUGGCCACAGGCAAAUCAAUAGCAUCGUCACCCAGAGGGGAUUCCUGGUCACUCAAAUCAGUUGCAUUCUCCCAAGAUGGUCUCCGAAUUGUCUCUGGCUCAGAUGACAAGACGGUGUAUUUUUGGGAUGCAAAGACUGGCAGACAGGCAGGAGCACCAUUCAGAGGACACACCAAAGGAGUCAACUCUGUCGCAUUCUCACCAGAUGGUUGCCGGAUUGUCUCUGGUUCAGACGACAGUACACUACGGUUGUGGAAUGUGGAAACUAGCACAGAAGACGGGUUCAAGUUCAGUGGACAUACCAAAGGGUUCAACUCGAUUGGGUUCUCACCAGAUGGCCGUAUCGUCGUUUCUGGCUCAACUACUGGGGCAGUGCGCUUGUGGGAUCUGGAGAAAUCUAGAAAGAUCGCACCACUCAAAGGGCACACGAUGUCGGUCAAGUCGGCUGCAUUCUCGCUAGAUGGUCUUCAAGUCGUUUCCGGCUCCGACGACAAGACGAUACAGUUAUGGAAUGCAAAAACGGGUGAACAUAUGGGGAAGCCAUUCGAAGGACACCAAAAGGGCGUCAACUCGGUCGCGUUCUCCCCAGAUGGUCGUCGAAUUGUUUCUGGAUCUCAGGACAAGACAAUUCUGUUGUGGAGUGCAACGAGUGGUAGACGAGGUCCACCUCUUAAGGGACACACGGGGGGGAUCAACUCGGUCGCAUUCUCACCGGAUGACUGUGCGAUUUUGGCACGUGAGACUGGGAAAGAGACAGGUCCGCCACUCAAAGGACAUACCGCGUCUGUCAAAUCAGUGGCAUUCUCACCAGAUGGUCGCCGAGUUGUUUCUGGUUCAGAUGACAAUACGGUACGACUAUGGGAUGUAGAAACCAGUAAAGCAAUAGGGAGGCCACUCCACGGACAUAACUGGUCCGUCAAUUCGGUCGCAUUCUCGCCGAAUGGUCGCCACAUCGUUUCUGCUUCGUUCGACAGGACGGUGCGUUUGUGGGAUGCAGAGACUGGUAUGCAGAUAGGAUUGCCCUUUGAAGGACACACCUGUUCUGUCAAUUCGGUCGCCUUUUCGCCAGAUGGUCAACAAAUCAUCUCUGGUUCAGAUGACGAGACGGUGCGACUAUGGGAUGUGGCCACUGUAUACUCUACGACAGCGGUUCUUAAUCCUCAUUGUCGGAUCGAAGUUGAUGGGUGGCUCCGUGGGCCGAAUGGCAAAGUACUCUUCUGGGUACCACCAGAAAUUCGAACUGGGCUUGAGCGACCAGGAAGUUCUAUUAUCGGCCGUUGCCAGCGAACAACCCUUGAUACAUCCAGGUUCAUGUACGGAGAACAAUGGACCUGCGUCAAGAAGGCAAGGACCGAUGUUAAAGAAUACCGGAAGAUAGAAUAA